AUGGACGACGAGUUCGCGCUCUUCGCGGCGGAGAUCAGCAAGCUGGAUGAGGAGGCGCCGCCCUCAACUUCGGGCGCCGCGGCGGGUUCAGGCGACGCCCCUCCGAAGAUCGAGGCGCCUCCGCCGCCCGCUCCAACAGUCAAUCUUCGCCCGAAGGUCAUAGCCAAGGCGCCCGAGCACGUCCCCGCGGGACCUGCGGCGAGGCCCCCCGAGGCGGCGUCGGUAUCUGCCGGUCCCACCGCGCCGCACGGGUACCACGAAACCCCCGGCGUCGCAGCGACCGGCACCCACCUGCAGCGAGGUUGGGCGGGAGUGGAGGCGGUGCACGUCCCGUCGGCGUACCCGCCUCCCCCCCCGGGCGUCAACGGGGUUGCUCACGGCGACCUCGGCUCGAUCCCGCCGCCCCCGCCGCAGCCGGUGAAGAAGAUCGGCAAGCCCGUGUUUCGGAGCGCGGGCGGGGACAGGUGGGAGGACAAGAGCCUGGCGGACUGGCCCGAGAAUGAUUACCGGAUCUUCGUCGGCGACCUCGGCGUGGAGUGCACCGACGAGACCUUGGCGCGCGCGUUCGCGAGGUACCCGAGCUUCCAGAAGGCGCGGGUGGUAAAGGACCGGCACAGCGGCAAGGGUAAGGGGUUCGGGUUCGUGUCGCUGAUGGACGGCGGCGACUACGCGCGGGCCAUCAAGGAGAUGAACGGAAAGUACAUUGGGAACAGGCCUUGCAAACUGCGCAAGAGCGACUGGACCACUCGGAACGACACGCGGGCGGGGCCAAAGGUGGCGCCCAAGCGGAAACCGCUGGAUAAGAGGAGGCACAUACCCAUCGGACCUAGCAUCAAGCGAUGA